GGCGUCGCCUCGCAGGGUUGUGUUGAUCAUCCAAUUGUCUUGACAGAAGCGGUGUGCAAUCCUCUGUAUUCCAGACAAAUGAUGUCAGAGCUCCUCUUUGAGUGUUAUCAAGUGCCAAAAGUGUCCUAUGGUGUGGACAGCUUGUACAGCUUUUACCACAACAGAAGGCAGAGCUGGCCCUGCAGCGGUUUGGUGAUAUCUUCAGGUUACCAGUGUACGCAUGUCUUGCCGGUCUUAGACGGCAGGUUGGAUGCUAAAAACUGCAAACGUAUUAAUCUUGGAGGCUGUCAAGCAGCUGUGUAUCUCCAACGCCUCCUUCAGCUGAAAUACCCAGGACAUUUUGCUGCCAUCACUCUCAGUCGCAUGGAGGAAAUACUGCAUGAGCAUAGCUACAUUGCAGAAGACUAUACAGAAGAGCUGCAGAAGUGGCGGUCCCCGGAGUACUACGAGCUCAACAUGCACAAGAUGCAGCUGCCUUUCUCUAACAAACUGCUGGGAAGCACUCUCACGUCGGAGGAAAAGCAGGAGAGGCGGCAGCAGCAGUUGCGUCGACUCCAAGAACUCAACGCACGUCGUCGAGAAGAGAAGCUGCAGCUUGACCAAGAGAGGCUGGACAGGUUACUGUAUGUGCAGGAACUUCUAGAAGAUGGUCAAAUGGAUCAAUUCCACAAAGCUUUGGUGGAGCUGAACAUGGACUCCGCAGAAGAACUUCAGUCUUACAUCAACAAAUUGAGUCUGUCCGUUGAACAAACGAAGCAGAAAAUCCUACAGGCAGAAGUCAAUAUUGAAGUAGAUGUUGUGGACAGCAAGCCAGAGACCCCCGAUUUGGAUCCAUUAGGCAGUGAACAGUCACUGGAGGAUGUGGAAAGCAUUAAUGAGUUUGAACCUUUGUUUGCUGAGGAACAGCCUGAAGUUGAGAAGCCUGUUGCUGCAGUGCAGCCCGUGUUUAACCUGGCAGAGUACCACCAGCUUUUCCUUGGCACUGAAAGAAUCCGGGCUCCAGAGAUUGUCUUCCAGCCCUCCCUGAUAGGAGAAGACCAGGCUGGUAUAGCAGAAACCAUGCAAUAUGUCCUUGAGAGGUAUCCAAAGGAACAACAAGCCAUUCUUGUCCAGAAUGUUUUUCUCACUGGUGGAAAUACAAUGUACCCCGGACUGAAAGCUAGAGUCCAGAAGGAACUCCUUGAAAUGAGGCCAUUCCAGUCAUCUUUUCAGGUUCACCUUGCUUCCAGUCCUGUUUUAGAUGCCUGGUAUGGGGCUAGGGAUUGGGCAGUGGAACACAUGACGCGUGAGGAAGGCUGGAUAACCAGAAAAGACUAUGAAGAAAAAGGGGGAGAAUACCUGAAGGAACACUGUGCUUCAAAUGUCUACGUCCCCAUUCGCCUUCCAAAGCAGGCACCACGGACAGCAGAGGGGUUGGCACCCAGCAGAGCGCUGACAUCCAGCACGGGCAACCCUUGUGAGCAGGCGUAGCACCGCGCCUGUGUCAGGGCCUCGGGUGGAGAUGGCAGCGCUGAGCACGGAAGAGUUACUGGGGCGCAGGGUGAGCUGUG